CGUUAAACGUCUAAGGUUGUUGGGCGAGCGCCUGAUUUGUAGACUGUCACUUGUUUCGGAGCUAUCAGUGAUGUCAUUUUUCGAAUUAGUUCACGAUGCACCACCAAUCGAAGUAUAUGCACUAACAGAAGCAUGUAAUGAAGACAAAGAUACCCACAAAGUUAACCUUGGCGUUGGUGCUUAUCGCACAAAUGAAGGCAAACCAUGGGUUCUACCUGUAGUUCGAACGGUUGAGUCUCUCAUGGCAGCUGAUCAUAACCUUGAUAAGGAAUAUCUUCCAGUAUCUGGUAUUGAUAUUAUGUGCAAAGCGGCGACCAAACUCGUCCUUGGGGAAGAUUGUAAACUGAUUGCUUCUAAAAAGGCAGACAGUUGUCAAACGUUGGGAGGAACAGGUGCGGUGUAUUUGGCUCUUCAGUUCCUAUCAAACAUUUCCAAAUGUACUACUGUCUACAUUUCCGACCCUUCAUGGCCUAAUCACAAGGGUAUAUCUCUCCUUGUCCGUCUUGAUAUAAAAGAGUAUCGUUACUGGGAUCCUUCGUCUAGGAAGGUCAACUUUACUGGGAUGUUAGAGGACCUAAACAAAGCCCCUGAACGAGCUAUUGUCAUUCUGCACGCCUGUGCUCAUAACCCAACUGGGACUGAUUUAUCUCAUGAUCAGUGGAAACAACUGGCAUUAUUUAUUAAGGAGAAAAAACUUUUCCCUGUAUUUGACAUGGCUUAUCAAGGAUUUGCUAGCGGAAACUUAGACAAUGAUGCGUGGGCUGUCCGUUUAUUUGCUUCAAUGGGGAUGGAGAUGUUUAUUGCUCAAUCAUUUUCAAAAAAUUUCGGACUUUAUAAUGAACGUGUUGGCAAUCUAAUAUUUAUCACACAAGAUCCAGUAACUACAUCACAUGUAAAAUCACAAGUGAAAUUAUUAAUUCGUCAAACAUGGUCCAAUCCACCACAACAUGGUGCACGAAUUGUUGCUACCAUAUUAAAUAAUAUUUCGUUAUUCAAUGAGUGGAAAACCUGUGUGAUUGCAAUGGCCCAACGUAUUCGUGAAAUGAGGCAGGGACUUUAUGAGCGCUUGAGAAGUUUAGGAACACCAGGGAAUUGGGAGCAUAUCAUCAAUCAAGUUGGCAUGUUUUCAUAUACCGGUCUAACACCUACUCAAACACAAUAUAUGAAGACAAAACAUCAUUUAUACAUUAUGCAUGAUGGUCGUAUUAAUAUGUGCGCUUUAACUACAAACAAUAUUGACCAUAUUGCACAAGCUAUACAUGAUACGGUUAUUAAUGUUAAAGAAUAAUCACUGGAAAUGACUGAUUAUGAGCAAAAUUUUGUUUAGAAUAAAGAAAGAAAAAAACACAGGAUAUAUGUGUAGUUAUUUUCCUCUUUCAUGUUAGUUACAAUUUUCAUAUAUUCAUCCUUUUUUUAAAAGUAGAGAUUAAAGAAAUUAACAGUUGCUUGCCUUUUCUUCUUCUUCAUCACUAUAUCAACGUCAUCAUGAUGAUACAAUAUUCCUUAGUUCUAUCAUGUUGGUUUUCACCAUUCAUUUUUUCAUUGAUACAUUUCAUCCAUCCUAAUGUAUUUCUUCUACCACUAGUGUAUUAUACACGAAGUGUUUUCUUAUUGAUAUAACCGUUUUUCUCUUAUUAUUAGUACAUUUAUAUAUGAUUGAAUAUUUGUAGUAUUUUGUAUUAGUUACUACUACUAUUAAUUAUUAAGAUGGUAGGUUAUAUUCUUUUUUUUUACUGCACUAUUCCUCGUUCCUUUGUGUAACCUUAGUAUAUUGUAUUUUUAUUGACAGCAUCUACUAAUAAAUGUACGAAUAGAUAAUAGUAUAAAAAGUUUGGGAAGUAAUAUGUUUCUCAUUUUUAUCGUAAAUUAAAUAAAUAAGUUUGUAUGGUUUUG